AUGCCGUCUACACAUUCCUAUCGCCCAGAAUCUUCGUCCAACAGCCUACCUCGGGGUAGCUACAGUAAUAAUAGCGACGUUACAAACAGUCUCAACAGCACGAAGAUUUUGACGGUCAACAACUACUUUGGCAGCUAUCCAGGCCAGUCUUCUACGAAUCGUGGUGACUAUCAUCAAGGCUUUUUUCCUCCUUCGAGGAGUAGUCUCACCUCGAUAGCAGAUGUCUCGGAGGACGGGUCAUUGGGGACAAACGAUUCAAGGGGAUCGGGGGGCAUUGACGACGAUGGCGCUGAAACCUCACCAGAUGCUAGUGCUUCGAUUGUUCGGCGGCGAGGUGUAAGAUUUUCCGAGGACGCGCAACCCCGUAAGAAGCAGGGAGAGCGACAUAUGACCUACCUAGCAGCCUACGAGAACGAUAUGGAUGUCCCAGGCGGAAUUGAUGCUUCAGACUGCAGCUCGUUUGAGUGCAUGAGUCAGAAAAGCUCGUUUGAAACAGUGGGACCAGUGUCAACUAAGAGCCCUUGGACCCUUGUCCCAGUGACAGUGAAGAACUUUAAUAAUUCAAAAACCAUCCCGGAGAAAAUCCGUGCAUACAUGCGAAGUGAUUUCUUCGGUAGCAGCCGAUCUAUCGCUCUAUGGACUCCAUCACCUGGACUCAAUCAUGAUCCAAAAAUUACGCUGAAAAAUAUUGCUGUUGGCGAUGUUGGCGUCUUCACGGUCCAGGGUGGCUUCGAGGUGUUCUUCAAUAUUUUCAUGACGGAAGAGGUCAACAAGGAAUAUGGAUACCACCCGCCCCCAAACUUUACUCCAUGCGCGAUGAUCACAAAGGGUAACAUCUAUAAAGCGUCUCUGAACGACCCAAAUCUCGUUCGAGGCAGCUUUGUAGAAGUUCCAUGUGAAGGGUACCUUUUUUCCUGCGAGACACCUUGUACAAGACUGCCUCUCGAGGGAUCUGCCCUGGUUCUUCCAAUGGGUGGCUGGAAAUUCUCUUUGAAAUUGGCGACGAUGAGGUUGCUGAUUCAGAGUUACCUCAACGUGCACGCAGAGAGCUGGUAUCGGUAUUACAAAUCUCCUAAUAGCGGCCCUAUGCUCCCCAACGGGUCUCUGAAAAUCGUCCACACCACCUACAAGACUAGCACCUGGGCGCUCGCUGUUGGCGCGAAGGAUCUCACAACCCAGGAAGGGCGACUAUUUGCGAACCUCUCCAGACCAAACCAAGACGAGGAUAUAUUCAGAUGGAAGCGACACCGUGAUGUCUCCGUUGACACUGGACCAUCAGCCGUCGAGAUGGGCGGAGGAAAAGCGACGUUAAUUAACCAAUGUGUGGCGGUGGAGGUGGACGCGAUUAAACCUGCUGCAUUUCUGAGGACACUAAACGCUACUCUAACUCGGAUUUCCCUGUACCUGUCGCCAAAAUGA